AUGGCGAUCUUCCAACCGCAGAUGGCUAAAGCCUUUGGGAGGCUUAGUGGGUUGAGCUACUGUGGGCUCUCGCUGGAAACUCCUGCAGUGGAGAACUGUCCCGAAUGCAGAGCGGCAGGCUUUGAGGUGGUGAAAGGAUCUGUCGAACCGUUCUCGGUGGAGAUGACCUACCACAACACGACCUACCAAGAUGCCAACUUCUGGAUCUUGGGCGAGCUGCAGUUCUUAGAUGUGGAGGUGCAUGGCAGAAAUGCCAGCGUUGAAGAGGCAGCCGGCUGCUUCGUGACCGUGCGAGGGAGCGCCAAUUCGGCGAACUGGGUCCAGAACAGCAUGAUGGAUGCGGUGGAUCCCCAAAUCCAGGGAUGCAAGGGCUGCGGCGUCCGAGAGGGUUAUUACAGCGCCUAUCAAGCAAUCGUUGGCCCUGUAACAGACUACUUUGACAAGCAUGGCUGCGGAAAGGGACAGAAUCCCAUUUGGGUCAGCGGUCAUUCCUUGGGCGGUGCCGUUGCCCACCUCUUGAUCGCUGGGCUCACGGGGCUUGGUUACACGGUGGCACUCUCCUAUGUCCUGGAGCCCGCAUUGAGUGGGAACGAUGCUUUCCGAAACUUUUUCGUGGAGAAAGUCGCUAAAGAUCACCCACCGGUGCCUGCAUUCAGCCUGACCAACGGCUGGGACUGGGUGCCACGCAUGCCAUCUGACAUGAUGCACGGGUAUGUCCCGAUCCCUUUCGACAUCCACUCUGAUCCGUGGUCGGGUUCCUUGUCCGUUUGCUUUGAUUCCCUGGCGGAGCUUCUACCCGCCGCUUGCAGUCCUGACUUGAAGUCUUGGUGGACCGUGGCCUCCUUGACUAUCGACCACACCAUCCUGUGGUACGCUCCCAAUAACCACAUGAUCCUGGAUAACAUGGUUUCCGAGGUCUGCAAGGCUCAUCCAAACCGACUACUGCUUGCGUAUCAAUUGACGACAGCAGGUGUAUACAGCUUCAUGUAUGGCAGCGGACUUUCAGGGUUUGCACUGAAGCUGAACUUCAUCCUCCUUUUUUCGUGCUGCUCAGUCGGAUGGUGCAUUUUUUGCUGCUGCUUCCAUUGCUGCGGACAACCCCCUAAGUACCAAAAGAUCCACCCAAAGAGUCGAGAAAUGCCGUGA